GUAUGAUGCCCCACCGGCCCCCAAUCAGCCUUCGCGCCAGUUCCGCGUGACCCACACGAGAGUCACUGACAAAGCCGGCAAUGCGCGAUGGGGUGCUCCAGUCGCGGUGAUGAAAAACAAGCGAGCAGUCCUGGACCUCUACGCCGGCCGUUCAAUUCCAACGUCGGGUCCUCGCUUUGACCUGCGGGUGGCGCUCAGCACGGAGGCGCCGGUGCACACUGGAACGAUGCCCACGCCAGCUAGUCACCAG